UGAAACUUUUUAUAAACGCCUUUGCUGUUUAAUUAACGAGAUUGAAGUUUGUCUUUUACUAAUGUAAUGUCCUAUGAUGCCAAUUAGCUGACGACCAUUUGAUUGCUUUGUUAACGUUUGUUUGUGUUUGCUUUUUAAUUACCAUCAUACUAAUUAAACUUACAAUCAACAUUAAAACCAUUUGAUUCAUUGUGGCCAAAUGAUUAAAGCUCAUUUCAUUUUAUUGCUUCUCAUUUCAUUCUUGAAAGGAGGACUUUUGGCAAACGUUCAAAUAUUGGAAUGUAAAUUUACUGACAAUUUCUGUCAAUGGGAAGAUCAAGGUUGGAAUGGCUGGGUUCUGGGUGAUUACAGUUUAUCUGGCUUUGGACAACCAGCUAAGCAAAUUGAAAAUGGUGGAUUCAUUUAUACCCAAAGUCCAACCAAGCGAAGUGUUCUAGAGUCACCAAUAUUGCAUGAUAAAGAACCCUUUUGCUUGUACUUUAAUUAUUUUAUGUUUGGUUUAUCAGUUGGAUCUUUAGAGUUACAAUUAGAAUCGGUAAUUGGAGAUGAUGUCUCAAAGUUUAACCAAACUGGACAAACUGUUUGGAGACAAGAAGGAUCCAAAUAUGAUGAUUGGAUCCUUGGUAAAUAUUAUUUUGAUCCUUCACAGCAAAAUGGUGACAUGUUUAGGUUGAAGUUUGUAGCAACAUCAGACGAUAUUGCUUUGGGUUCAAUUUUAGUUAAACCUGGUUCUUGUGAUUUUGAUUAUAAGUGUGAUUUUGAAAAUCCAUCUUUAUGUUUUUGGUUGAUUGAACCUGAUUAUCAAAGUAAUUUCCGAUUGUUUGUGUCGAAUGGAUCAAACUCUCAACAUGAUUUAGUUGGUUUCGAUGCAACAACUAAUACUGAAGCUGGUCAUUUCGUGAGAACUCCAACAAAUGGAUUUGUUGGUUCAUCUAGUGAUCUAAUCUCAACAAUUUACUUAUCAUCUAAUGAAGCCAAAUGUUUAUCCUUUCAACUUUUUGAGCAAAAAUACCCUUCGGACACUCUUCAACUUGGCAUUCAAUCUAUAUCAGGAUCUCGCUCUAUCGUCUGGGCUCAACCAUAUGUUACUAGUCAACAAUGGAUUAAAAUUAAUGUAGACUUACCGCCUCUGCAUGAUUACAUUAAACUAAUUCUUUCAGCCUCUCGACACACGGAAAAAUCAACUCCAAUAGCGAUAGAUGAAUUGGCAGUGAGCCCUGAACCUUGCUCAUCUCAUGGUUCAUGUAACUUUGAUUCUGGUUUAUGUGAUUAUACAAUUAAAAGCGGGGAACUACUGGUUGGUUUUGGACGACUACCUUAUCCUGCGGCAAUCGAUUGGACACCACUUAAAAAUAUUGACCCAUAUGAUUUAUUUGUUUAUACAAAUACACAAAAAAAUGAUGAGUUGGUUUCGUACUCAUUGGAAAGUCCUUUUAUGGACCGAAGUCUAGGCAAAACCUGUUUAUCUUUUUCGUAUGCCUUAACAUUUAGCCGAGACGGGAAAUUUUCAAUAAAAUUGACUUCAAAUGAGUUAUCAGAAAGCAAGACAGUUUGGUCAUUGAAUCCUGUAGUAUCAGAAGAAAAAUGGAAAACAAUCGAAAUACCUUUAUCUGAUUCUGGUCAGCUUGUUAAAUAUUCAUUUGAAUUCAGUGGAGUUCAACUGUUUGCAGCUAUUGAUGAUAUUGUGGUUAACUAUUGUGAACAUCAAGAGACUCCUGCUUGCCUUCAUGAUGGUUUGAUUGAUCAAAAAUGUGUCAAAGUUGUUCCCUCUGCAUUUAACAAUUGGGUUUUUAAGAACCCCAGUCAAAUACCCAAACCUUCAGAACUUGAUUACAAAUUUAAAAACGACUUUGUUUUAUUUUUCGAUGAACCAGUUGAUUUUCGUGAUAUUAGUUCCUUUUCUCACUUUUACAUUUCCAAUGUGAAGCCAAAUGUUGAAUAUUGUCUGAAAUUCUGGUAUUCAAUCGCUGGAAAUAUUGAAUUGAAUUUAUGGACUGAUAAAAUGGACGCAGAUUUUAAUCAGUAUCUUCGUCAAUCCCCUAUCGUCAAAUUAAACAGUCAUUCUGGUGGUGAUUGGGAUCAAGCAAAAAUACAAUUGGAUGUUUUAAAUGAAGAGAGUAAAUUAAUUUUUGGUGCAAGUCAGACACCCAAUUCACAUGGAACAAUUAUCAUUGAUGGAUUAGAAUUGACUGAAGGAACAUGUUCAAUCGAUUAUAAUUAUUUUUGCGAUUUUGAGAAGGACUGCUCAUUGAAUAAUCUUGAUAAAGAUAAAUCACUCGCUAUAAUUGGAUCUGGUGAUGAAUACAAAGCAACAACGGAAUGGGCCAUUGUUCAGGCUAGAUGGGUAAUCCCAAGCCGAGACGCAACUUUAAGUUCUUGGGAUGGGCAUUACUUGACUUUGAAACAGAAAUAUGAAACUGCGAUUCUUGCAUUUCCACCAAUCUACUUGUCUGAAAAAACAGCUGAAAUGUGUCUAUCUGUUAAGGUCUAUCGUAUUGGUAAAAAUGAUAUUGAAAUCAUCACUGAACAAGGUGGAGUGUAUAAACUCAUUGAAAAAGGCGUAAUCGAUGAAGCUAGUUGGGGGACUUUUCAGGCUUUGAUGAAGUUCAACCCCGAUUUAUCCAAAGCUGCCCGUGUUUAUCUUGUUGGAAGUGGUGCACUUGCUAUUGAUGACAUCUCUAUCAAGACGGGUAGCUGUGAUGAAUCUCCAUUUGUUUGUAAAAAUGGGAAAACAUUAUUAGGACACCAAGUCUGUGAUUUCAUUGUAGAUUGUCCAACAGGUGAAGACGAGCAUAAUUGUGGUGAUUGCUCUUUCGAGAAUGACUUUUGUGGUUAUUGGAAAGACGAUAAAACCAAUUGGUUUAUCAAAAAUGGCCAGGCAAACGUGCAAGGCAAACCAGCAUUUUGGAUCUUCACAAAAAAAGAUGCUUUUCUUUUAAGUCAACCUUUAAAACCAACUGCACCAACUUGUAAAUUACAGUUUAAUUUUGAAAAGGAUUCUAGUAAUUCUAAUAAACUCAAGGUACACUUGAUGUUCCAAGAUGGACAUACAGUUGAAGUUUGGGACGAGUCAAUGUUGAAAUCGAUUCAGAACGGCAGUGUGGAAAUCAACUUAAGUCGCAUACCAAUUCCAUUUAAUCUUUACUUCCUUGCUGAAAUAAGAACCAGUGCUUAUCCAUUAAGUCUUGGCCCAAUUAAGUUAAUUGAUUGUGGCUACCAGAAUACUAUUGAUAGCUUCGAGUCAAGUGAAGUUUAUACUUGUAAAAAUGGAAGGCGCAUAAGUCAAGAUCAAGUGUGUGAUCAAUCAAUUGAUUGUUUCGAUGGUGAUGAUGAGUUUAAUUGUGACAAUUACAGGAUUUACUCAUUUGAAGAUAGCAGUGAUGCUGAGUACUGGACUAAUUUAUCCAAUGAAAAGUCAAAAUGGGGUUUGGCUAAAACUGGUGAUCAAGUUAUCACAACACCAACAAGAGAUCAUUCAAAAGGACUAGAAAAUUCGGGUUACAUGGCUCUUUAUCCAAAGUACGAUUCUUUAACUGAUUCUUCCGAUAGAAGCAUUCCGAAAGAAAUUAAAUUAGCUAGUCCAGAGUUAACAUCAGUUGAUAAUUGUUCAAUGGUCUUCUAUUAUAAUACAGCUGGAGUCACCCUUUUAGUUUCACUUGUUGAUAGUAACUCUAAUUAUACCCAGUUACUUGAACUACCAUUUGAUGAUGUUUUUGGUUUCAAACGUAAACGUAUAAACCUUAAAAAGGGUGACAUUUCAGUUCCAUUCAAUUUUGUUUUCACGGCCAGAUAUUCACAGUCUGAACAAGGAAAUUACCAAAGUAAUUAUUAUGCUGUUAUCGAUGAUAUUGUUAUUAGUGAUUCAUGUUUUGAUAAAUCUGAUGAUCCAAUUAAAACGAUAACAUCUGACUGUCCUAAAAACGAAUUCCGUUGCAAAACAGAUUUUGGAUCAGUUUGUAUUCCAGAUGAUAAAAUGUGUGACUACAAUAUUGAUUGUUUGGAUGGUGUUGAUGAACUUUAUUGUGGUCUUUGUGAGUUUGAUAAUCAAUCCUCCUUUGCCGGGUUGGGCCCAAUGAAGGUGAAGACAAUUUGGGUCCCCAUACUUAAAUCACCAAGACUUGGUAAAACAUCACCAAACUGUCGCUUUAAUUUUACAUAUUUCCUUGCCGAUAAAGCUUCAAUGACAGCUAGAUUAAGAAAUGAUCUUGAAUCAGUUACAAAAAAGGUGUUUGAUUUAGAUCACGCAAAUGAAUGGAGUGACAAGCUAUUAGCGCUUGGAUCGCUUGACCCAGGUUAUUACAUACAAUUUGUUUUAGAUGUGCAAUCAACUGAUGAUGUUAAAGUACAUGGUGGACUAGGAUCUUUUCAAUUAGUAGAUUGUGAUCCCCAUGAAAAACAUGAGACCACUACGACCACCAAACCGGUUCCUACAGAAACUGAACAACCCAUCACUGCAAAACCCACCAAAAUACCUCCAAAGCCAACUACUGAACAUCAUGAACCAACAACUGCACCCACAAUUAAACCAACUCCUCACACUGAAGUAACUACACAGGAAAGCAAAAUUCCGACUGUUCCUGGACCAACGACACCUGAUGAUAUAGAUAUCCCUGUUACUGCUGCUAAUCAUGAUAAAGUUCAAAAAUCUCAAGGAGUCACUCUUGGAUCAGCACCAUUCAUUUUACUGGGAGCAAUAACAAUUGUCUUGGCUACUGUUUUCGUAGCCCUUUACGUGAAAAGGCGAACCCGAUUUCAAAAUUAUCAGCCACCGAAUGGUAUUCCUUUGAUUGAAAAUUGCAACAAAGACAAAUUGUUUGACUCUGAUGACGUUGAUUUACAGCAAUUUCAGCAAAAUGCUGCAGGCGAUAAUUUCAAAUCUGAAUAA